AUGGCGAUGCUUCUUGCACCUUACAACAACUCCAUGCGCCUGGGACAAGGUUUAAAUUUAUUCACACAGCAGAUAUGCAUGACUGAUGCAGUCGCCCAAGGCGAAGAUGUCUCGUCGCCGUAUUCGGAAGAUCAGAAGCCUAAGGGGAUCAGUCAAAUUGUUUCUUACUCAUCUCGCUUUGUUGACAAGCUCAGCGAUGUAACUGACGUGAUGAACGUAUCCGCUUCUUUGUCUAUCAAAAUUGGAACAAUAGGUGGAGCCGUUAGCGGAACAUACAUUGACUCGGAUAAGUUCAAGUCCAGCGAUCUCAACUUCUUCAUCCAAGUCAAGGUGACGAACCAAACGCAUAUGGCGCGCGACUAUACACAAUUCCAAAAACUAAAGAAUUUCCCAACUACUAGAUUCAAUGAGAUAUAUGGCAUAAGUACGAUCAAAAGUGCAUUCGAAGCAGAGCUGGGAACACCGGCUUUGUCUGGUGCGAUCACAGGCGAGGGCAACUUGGAUAAGAGCGACACUAACAUAUCAACGGAAACAACAAUAAAUCUUGUCGCAAUGACACCACAACACACUUAUGCAAUUUUGACAAAGUACGCAUCCCUGAAAAUUUUCCAUGAGGUAAUGGACUCAUUUUCUCCGCUUGUAUUGCUAGACUACGAAAACGCUGGUAUCUAUACGGGUGCGCUUUUAGAUGCUUACAUGGAUUACAAGUCAAUCUGGAAACAUAUUCAGAUCACGAACCAGGAAUUCAAACCUGGAACCACUGAUUUGGUAAAAUCUGAGCCCUGCAGGGAGCUUCUAGAGUACACCGAAGAGUGCGCGCCUGCAUUGAAGCCUGCUAUUCAAGACACAGCCUCAACAUAUACCAGUGAUGAGUAUCCAGAGAGCUCUGAAAAUCCACAGGACCUGCAACAGAAGAAGGAUACUUUCAGGCCGAACAUAUUGCAUUAUGAACCGUAUAGUGCUUUGAUUGUAGGGUUGGGCAAGGCUAGACGCGGUUGUCGGCUCGAGAUGACGAAAAUCGUUCGUGAAGUUGACGCAGUCACAGCAGAUCUAAGCAUCGUACUUCAGCCAGAUCGUAUAGGCAUCUACUUGGCCCCUUCGAUCUUCAGGCAAUCGCUUCCCAUAAAGAAAGCAGUCCAAAGAAGCACCCCACAGGCUACUCCAGCUCCAAACCCGACUUCUGAGCAACUGCCAUCCAUUUAUUCUGCAGGCGAUGCUGAGAAAACGUUUGACGAACUCAAAGCCAGCAUAUCCAAACACGCUUCUCGCUCCAAAGAAUUUCAGCUAUCAAGAUAUCUGGGCGACGACCUACUGAAGCUUGGAAGCGUAUUUUUCAACAGCCUCGAUAUUCUCGAGGAGACAUGGAUGCCACAAAGCAUCACCAUCUACUUCAACGACAACAGCCUCUUGGGUAAUAAAACCGUAUACAACAAUGGCCGAGAGAUCCUUAAUGGCGAUGAAAACGACCUUGAAGCUGGAACGGUGAAUCUGGUCGCACACGAGAAAGUCAACUGUGUCAAUAUUAAGAGGCAUGCCCACUCUCUCAACAUGGGUGGUGACAUAUAUAUUGAUUCUGUGGUUAUUUUAUCAAUUGUUCCAGGUCAACAUGGCCCGAAUAUUAACCAUCGCUCAAUUGUAGCACUAAAUCUAGCUGGAGAGGUUGCACAUGUCAGAGAGGAAAAAUCACCUGCAGAAGGCUGGAAUCUGCGCGGCUUCUACGGCUCCUACAGCCCCGGUGCGAGACUCCAGCAACUCGGUCUGGUCUGGGGAAGAGCGCAUAGAAAGGAAGGGAGGGAAAAAAAGGUCAUAUGUAUGCAAUUGCUACGCAAAAGUUACCUAGGGGAAAUUUAGCCAACCAAUCAAACCACA